AUGACCAACAUCUUUGUCGUCGCGGCCAAGCGCACGCCCUUUGGCGCCUUUGGCGGCAAGUUCAAGUCGGUCUCGGCCACGGACCUCUGCGCGCACGCGACCAAGGCGGCGCUGCAGUCGGCCAACCUCGACCCGAAGCUCGUCGACACGGUCAUCGUCGGCAACGUCGCGCAGACGUCCAAGGAUGCUGCGUACAUUGCGCGCCACGUCCAGCUCAAGGCGGGCAUGUCGAUUGAGAAGCCGGCGCUCACGAUCAACCGCCUCUGCGGCUCGGGCUUCCAGAGCAUU